UUGCCAAGCAGCGCCGCCAUUUGUAAACAAUGUACAAUGUGUCCGUCAAAAUGGAUUUAUCAUUUUGUUUCAGUAUUUUCUUCUUCAUUUUUUCACUGAUCAUCCCAUCGACAAUUUCGAUAAGCACAGUGUAUUUAACAACAUCAUGUAACCAGACUGUUGCCAUAACAACUGGCAUAUCACUUCAGUCCAGUACGGCAUUACAGUACUCUAAUUCCAUGAACUGUUAUCUCGCCGUCACAGUGCCCACAAAUUAUAAAGUUGUAGCAGUCUUUAGACGAUUUGAAAUUGAGGAUAAACUACAUAGCGCUUGUGUGGACUAUGUCAACUUUUAUGAUGGAACGGACACCUCUGCCAGUCUGUUGAACUCGGAUCCUUACUGUGGAAAUACAGCGCCAACCAACAUAACGUCUACUGGCACUUCACUGACUGUACAACUUGUAACAGACUCAACGGCCGUCUACAGAGGCUUUGAUCUUCUACUUUCGGCAUUUUCAAAUGCGCCCUGUUCAAGUGACCAAUACAGCUGUUCCAACUCACUGUGUAUUUCAUCUACAUUAAAAUGUGAUAAUUAUGACCAGUGUGGAGAUCAAUCUGACGAAUCUGACUGCACAGAUGCAGACUUGGCAAACACAGCAUCUAGUGAUAACUCUGCAUUGAUAGCUGGGAUAGCCAUUGGUGUUGGGUCGGUCGUCAUCAUAUGCGUUCUAAUUGGUAUUUAUGUAUACCGCCAAUACAGAUGGAAGUUGUUCUUGAAGGAUCCACUUCCUGUUAUACAACAAUGGGAUAAUCAAACUAAUUAUCCUCUGACAAGGAAAUAUUACAAGACUUAUAAUGAUGGAUACCAUUCCAUGAAAAAUAAUUCUGAUCCCAACAUGUCAUCCGCUCAAGACAGACCUAGUACGCCUAAUUCAGGAGGAAGUUCAAGUAAAAGCAUUAUUAAAAUUUCAAAACCUGGAGAUUCGAUUGCAUGAAACAAGAUUUUAGUGUCCAUGUAUUUUCUAUUGAACAUCUGGAUUUGUGUUUAAAACCUUUCUUAGUUUAAAAAUAGCUGUGGUUGCAUUUAACAAAUAGUUUAUUUCGACAAUUCAAAAACAAUUUACAAAUAAUAUCAUUUCAUUUCCUCUAACAAUCUGCUGAGACAUAUUUAACCCCUUUUUAUUUAUGGCGAUUGUAAACUAACACUUAAAGUAUUAUGUGUAAUUAGUGAAAUGAGACAAGAAAUAAAUAGAAAUAUUGUAUGCCACUUUUAACUAGGUGGGCGGGGAGGGGGCAAAUUCGUUUGUCAUCGCCAGUAGAAACCCAUUAAACAUGCAUUUGAUAUCUUUUCUGAAAAUUUAGUUCAAAUUAUUUGCUAUUAGUCUUUUUUAUACAACUUUUUACCAAAUUGGAGAGAGGGAGAGAGAGAGAUUAUCUUCAUUCAUUUAAAAAUUUUGUUAUAUAGAUUGACAAUUAAUUGAAAACUUAUUUCUGUUUGUUACAUUUGUAAAUUUUAAUAUAUUUUUUUAAUGUAUUUCGCUGGCGAAAAACCUUUUUUAUAUUAUUAAAAAAUAUAUUUUGA